AUGUCUGAAACUACACUAGCUGUUAGUAAACAAUUCUGGAAUCCAGAUUUGACCACAGCACUAAUUUUAAUGUAUGAAAAUUUCCCGUGUUUAUAUAAUGUGCGGUCAAAGGACUAUCAUAAUAGAAAUUUAAGAGUUGCGGCAAUUAGAAAUAUUUGCCUAGGUUUAAAAGAAACCUAUCCUAAUACAGGAGUAACGGAAGCAAUGGUCCAAAAAAAAAUCCAUGGAAUAAGGACGCAAUAUAAUUCCGAAAUUAAUAAAAUUAAAAAAUCUGAACUAACAGAAGUACUAGCAGAUUCUAAGGUAGAGGAUGAUCUAGCAGUGGGAGAUACUGAUACUCAGACUCCUGAUGUUAUAUUUGAUGGCAACGUAGAGGAUUUAUUAGAAGUGAAUAUGCAGAACGCAUUUUACGAUUUUCUAAGUAACAGGAAAAUAAGUGAAGAAGUAAUCAACUUUUUUAAAGAUCAGAAUGAGGACAAACCUCUUAUAGUACUAGAAAAAGCCAAAAAUCUCUUUUUUCCUGAUGGAAAUUCGGCCAAAGGGAAUUUACAAGACGUUCAUUGUACCCUACUUGAUUUUAAACAAUUGCCUGUUGAUAAUGGACUUUCAAUUGGAGAUAUUUUUAAUAUCACAGGAGUUACAAAAUUAAGAUUCUAUUUGGCAACAAAGAAUGCAUGUUCUGACUCUGACGGUUCAGUACACUUAGAAAGCAAUGAUUCUGAUGUUUCAUCUUUGCAGCAUGUUGCCUUUGAAGAAAAGGAGGAAAAUCAUGAAACAUCUGAUUUAAUGGUUAACACAUCACCAGAAGUAGAAAUUAGUCGCUUGGAUUUUGUAGAAGACCUGGUUGGAUUACCUUAUGUUGAACUUUGGGAUGACUCUCAGAGUAAAAUGGAAACUUUAAUCCUUCAUCGAGGGCAAAUUUUUCAAGAUAUGUUAAAAGCAUUUGAGGAAGAAUUUUUUGAUCAUGGAAAUCUAAAGAUAGAGAUGAUUUUACCCAAUGGGCAAAGUGAAUUGGCAGAAGACAUAGGAGGAGUCUACAGGGAUUCUCUAUCUGAAUGUUGGUUCUCAUUUUAUGAAAAAUGUACUGUGGGAACCACUUUCAAAGUACCAUAUCUACGGCAUGACUUUGGAGAAAAACAAUGGAAAUCUAUUGCUAAAAUAUUUAUUCGAGGGUUUGAAUUAGAAAAUUAUAUUCCAAUUAAAUUAUCCCCCAAGUGA